CCCUACCGGAGCAGAUCUUUGAUUCACAACUAAAAGGCAUCUCUUCUGCCGCAGCUGCCAUUGCAUAAUCAGCAAUUCUCAACGCGAAAAAAAUUAGUUAUGGACAAGGGGAAAUCAGUGAUGGGUUCGGGCCGGCGAUGGGCAGUCGGAUUCACGGACAAUUCGGCGUCCUCGUCGUCACGUGAUAUUCCGGAUCCACCGGGCUUCACUAGGGCUUCCCAAGAUCAGGAUGAUUCAGCUGUGAGCAAGCAGAAGAAGGACGCUGAGGCAAAUUGGAAAGCUCAGAAAGCAUGGGAGGUCGCACAAGCACCCUUUAAGAAUUUGAUGAUGAUGGGAUUCAUGAUGUGGAUGGCCGGAAGCACGGUUCAUCUAUUCAGCAUUGGCAUAACAUUUUCGGCUCUUCUACAGCCAGUCAACGCACUUCGUGGGGUUGGGAAAAUGUUUGAGCCAUAUAAGGACCACAAAGUCGACCUUCUAGCACCUAAGCUAGUAUUCAUCGCCCUUAAUGUGGCAGCUUUAGGGCUGGGUGUCUGGAAGCUUAACACACUUGGUCUUCUUCCAACUCAUUUAUCGGAUUGGGUUUCAUCCUUGCCCCCACCACAGGAGGUUGAGUAUUCUGGCGGAGGUAUCCCGCUUUAAUAGCUUCUCCUCCGGUAAAAAAUAGGGCUGGACGAGAGGCGUUUUGAUUGAAGGGCAUGAUCUGAGGUCUAGGUAAAAUGCUGUAUUGCUGUCUCUGAUCCAUGGAUGCAGCUAUAGAAUGUCAACUUGGAACUUGGAUUUUGCAGUCUGAAAAAUAACUAGCAGAUUUCAGUUAUUCUGGGAGGAACUCUAGCAUGCCUUUUUGAUUUAUAAUCUUGGAUGAUGUUACAUAACUUAAUUUUUAGUUUUAUUUAAUUUUAUUUUACCACUUUUUAGUGAA